AUGUCGAACGUCACCGAUAAGAUCGCCAAUACCGCCAACUCCUACAUCGGAGGCGCCAAGCAGACCGUUGGAGAGACUCUCGGAUACCCCGACCUCGCCGCCAGCGGUGCCGAACAAAAGUCUAGGGCCGAUGCUGCCGCUGCCGCCGCCACAGCCCAGGCCCACGUCGAGGGUGCUGGUCACCAAGUCCAGGGUCAGCUCCAGCAGACUGUCGGAUCCGUCACCGGUGAUACGUCUCUCGAGGCACGCGGUCAUGCCAACGAAGUCCGCGGCGAUAUCGAGCGCAGGGCUCGAUCCAGCUCUCUCUAA